UAGUCACAGUUCGGAUUUUGCCAGCAGCAGCACGGCAACGAUAAUCGAAGAUUACACCGCAGAGAUAAUACGGAAUACGCGAGUGAGACAGUGAAGAUGUCCCAGACCCUGGACGAUCUGCUGUUGCGCCAGGAGCACGCCCGGCAAUUGCGUCAGGCAUCGCGCUCCAAAUUCCGGCGUAUCAAUUCGUUGGAUUUAAUACCGGAGCACCCCAGCCAGUCGGAGGAGGAGGAGGACAGGGAUUCGCAAACGCCUCAUAAACAUUUUGUUACUCUAAGACGGCAGCGUACUGCGGACGGCAGUCUCCUGAGGAGUCAGUUUCAGACGCAGACUCCACCGCAACCCAAUUUGGGUACACGAGUCUUGCUCUUUGGCCCCCAGUUGCUGAUGCGGCUGGUGUUGACUAUCUUGAGAUAUGUACUCUACAUACCCCUCUCCAUUGCGGCACCUAGCUUCUGGCUGUCCGCCUUACUCUGGAUCUUUUGGAAACUAUUGAGAGUACCCAUUGCUCUGGUCAAGUGGCUAUUAAGUGGCGAGGAGGAACUGAGUGCUGUGCAGAGACAAAAAACCAUCCUCCUGAGUUGCGGCAGCACCAUACAGACCCUUCAUUUGGCCAGGAAUUUUUAUGGAUCUGGCGCUCGUGUGGUGGUCUUUGAGUUUGAGGGAUUAUUUGGACUGGCCAGGUUUUCCACGGCAGUGGAUAAGUUCUAUGUGGUGCCCAGACCAACGGCCAGUAAUCCGGAUCAGUACAUAGCGGCCCUGUGUCACAUAGUUAAGAAGGAGCGACCUUCGGUGUAUAUACCAGUGUGUGCUACCAGUCCGGCUUACUAUGAUUCUCUGGCAAGACCACAUCUGGAGGUCCUAGGCUGUGCCAGCUUCAUUCCGGGUGUACAGGAAACCCUUCAACUGGAUGAUUGCCUACAGCUUUUCCAGAGAUGCGAACAGCAACAGAUGGCCCUGCCGGCUCAUGUGGUUUUGACAGCUCCUCGUCAGUUGCAGCAAAUAUAUGAGAGUGGUUUUGUAGGAAGCUAUCGAAACAUCUUAAUGGCCGCCGGAAUGCAAGGAGUUCUGGAGCGCCACAAGUACGUCCUGCCCAAUAGGAGAGCAGAACUUAAACUGAACCAGCAUGAAAUAAGCGAAAGACAACCAUGGUUGGUCGUGAGGGAUCAACCAGGCUAUCACCAUUAUGUGACCUGCACCACCGUCAAAGAUUCGCGGGUGGUGGCCAAUGUCAGUUGUAGGGUGGAGCAUCACACAAAGAACCUGAUCCCGGUGCCUCGGGAUGAUGAAGCUCAGAUAGAGCUCUGGUUGCGUUCCUUCUUCGCCAAGGUGCGCUUUCAGAGACCCCUCAAUGGACACAUUAGCUUCCGGCUUGUCAAAAGCCCAGCCCACGGUGGUCAAUUUGUACCACUAGGCACGCGACUGGGCGUGGCUCUGCCCUACAUAUGCCACAAUCGAUCGCAUGCUCAGCUAUUAUGCAGAGCAAUGAAAUGCAUCCAUAGACGAGGAUUGCCAGAGGACGAGUUGCCCAACUGGAGUUGGUCGGCGCUGGAGAGGACGACCUCGACAACGGCACUGGACAAAAGGGAGGCACUGUUUGCCUACUGGGAUCCAUUGCCAUACUGCGCCUACUAUCACUUCCAGCUGCCACUUGAGAACGUUAAACUGUUUUUGCAGCGCCGGAAUCGCACGACCACGACCAAAAGUUUAUCGCCCCGCAUCACGGUGCCGGUUCAUUGAACGGUGGAGCCAGAACCGGAGCCACUGCAUCAGCAUUCAGCAUCAGCAUCUAGCAUCCAGCAUCAGGCGGUCCGCCAGCGAGAGAGAUUACACAGACUGAUCAAUAAUGGAAUAUAUAGAAAUCUAUAUAGCAUAUAUUUUUGCAUUCUAUAAUAUUUCUUUUUUUUGUUUACGCCAAUGGGGUUCAACAUCCAUCUAAGAAGAUUAGGCACGUUAAAAAAAAAAACAAGUACCGCACACACUCAACACACACCACAUGCAAAUGCACAUGCACGAAUAUAGAAUUUAUACCAUACUAUAAUACUGUACAAUAAAUAAUAUUUAUAUUUGAA